AUGAAGAGGCCAGAUGCGUCUCCGGACGGACGCCCUCGAGAGGCGCGUGCGUCCUCGCAGCACCUUGGCCAUACGCGGAACGAGGCUCCCCAACAUUUCGUCGAGACGGGCGCGCAAAUUAGCCUCGUCCACCCUUCCAAGCGCAACCAGUAUGCGCUAGCCCAAACGCCCCGCUCUCUCCCUCUCGCGUCUCUCUUCCCGGUCCUCCCUCUUUCCUUCUCUGUCCCGUCGCAUCGCGAGUUCCAUCGCUCCAGGUGCCCUCUCUCCGGCUCGCGCACCCAGCCCGCAGGCUCCCUCCCCCAUCACGUCAGUGCCCCAUCGCAUGCGCCCAGCACCCACCGUCCCCGACCGAACCACAAGCGCCCCGAUCCACACCCUGUCUGCUCCUUGCUCGCCCCCCGCCCCGCCCCAACGUCCCUGCGCCCGAACAACGCCCCGAUAGCCUUUCUGCUCCCUCGGCAUGUCAGCGCGGCUAGAGGGAAGCGGGGAGGGCGCCCCGCGGGUGACCCCCCGAUCGCGAUCGCGAUCCACCGUUCGUCCAUCCAUUCCUGUCGCCCUGCGCCGUGUGCUCGAGCGGCGGACGCGGGCCUAGGCGUCGUCGCAACUCUAUAUCUGUGCGGUCACUAUCUCAUGCCAUGCCAUGCCAUGCCACGCCAUGCCACGCCACGCCACGCAGUGUCGUGGUGCGCGCCCUCUCUUACUCCCAACCCCAACCAGUUCGCCGCGCGUGAUUGUGUCUGCGCACCAUGCAACGGCCAAUUUGGCGCGCUCUUCGACCCAAGGUCUGCUAUCCUCGUGCCCUCCCUGCGUGCAUCCCGACGCGCGAGCUCUCGCGGACUGCCGGAUGCGGCGUCGGGUUCCAUUAGUAUCGAUGGAUCCUCCCGCCCAUCUUCCUUCCUUCCUAACUUCCGUUCAGUCGUCGAAUAA